UGCAAUUGCAGUCUCUAGGUUCUCACCCAAAAUCGAUUAGAUCAUUUCUGAAGAUAUGGAUUAAACCACUGGAGUCAUAUGGAUUACUUUUAUGCUGCCUUUAUAUGCUUUUUGGAGCUUCAAAAUUCUGGCCACCAUUCACUUGCAUAAUAUUCUUCUAAAAAUCUUUGUGUCCUGCAGAAGAAAGAAAGUCAUACACAUCUGGGAUGGCAUCAGGAUGAGUGGGAGACUUUUCAUUUUGGGGUGAACUAUCCCUUUAAGGACAUUCUUAGGUUGUGGGAGUAUAAACCAUUCUUAACUUUUUAUAUUAAGUUUGAAAAUAAGAAGAAAAUAGCUGUUAGGAAGAACUGAAUGUUUCAUCAAUCCAGCCCCAGCCCUUUAUCCUUUGUUUUUGUUUUUAGCACAUGCACUGACUGACUACCACUGUGCCACAAGGGUUGCUUUGUUGUGCCAUAUUAUCUGAAUGUGAGAAGAAAAUAAAAACUAUAUUUAUAAUAGUACAAUAAUCAUAAUUCUGGUCCCAAAAUGAGAGACUCACACGUCUCGGUCUGUAGAAAUGACUCCAUGUCUCUUUCAAGCCAUGGUAAAUAGAUAAUCGUGCUGUCGGGAGUCGCAGCUCCGGUAGAGUUCUACAAGCCCUCUAAAUUUGGGUGACGCGUUUCUCCCGCCUCUCUCUCUCCUUACGAUCUGGCUUGCACGCGCGCCCCGAAUGAUACAUUCCUGCGCGCUGAUUGCUCGAGCCCCUCUCUUUCCUGAUCUCCCAUUGGCUGUCAGGAUGAGUCUCGCCUGAGCCAAUGCUCACGGGGGCUUCAUGUACCGCUUAAAGCGCUUGACUUUUGCAGUGCAGUGGACUGCGAGGGGGGCGUGCCGCAGCAAUAGACUGUGCUUCAACUGGAUUUUCGUUAUGAUGCUUAAAACGUGUUUAAAUGAAGUUUAAAAGCACGUAGGAAAGUCCUGAACUUGUUCCAACUACUGCAGAGCAAUUCGUAUCUGUCGUUUUGGAAAUAUACCACGUUUGUCCAAUGAACUGCACCAGGGUUCUGCAUAUCCUGAACCCCAGGCCGAUGCCAAGUCCAAUUAUGCCUGUGGAUGUAGCUAUGAGAAUCUGUUUGGCACACUCGCCACCUCUUCACUGUUUCCUCAGUUCAUAUGAAGAUUGCAAGUCCAGAAACCUAGUCAACCAAUACAAACCCCUAAGAUCCUGCAUCAGCUCUAAGACAAAAAAGGACACAGCCAACUUGGGCUGGAAGAGUCCCAAAACAAAAGCUAAGAAGAAAGUGAUUUUUGCAGACUCCAAAGGCAUGUCUCUAACGGCAGUCCACGUGUUCAACGAAUUUGAGGAAGACCCCAUGAUAGACCUGCAGUUUGAAUUAUCAGACCUGGAGGAAGCUAUUGGUGGCCUGAAAGUCGAGAAAGAGAAGAAUUUUGUUUUGGACUUCCCUCAGCCCUCCGCAGACUAUUUGGAGUUCCGAAACCGUCUAAAGAAGAACCUGGUAUGCUUGGAAAACUGUAUAAUUCAAGAGACAUCGCUCACUGGCACAGUUAAAGUUAGCAAUGUAAGUUUUGAGAAGGUUGUCCAUGUGCGAAUAACGUUUGAUUCAUGGAAAAGCUACACUGACAUUCCCUGUACGUACAUGAAUAAUGUUUAUGGCUGCGAGGAUGUUGACAUCUUCUCAUUUUCCAUCGACCUUCCAAGUUUUGUGCCCCAAGAUGAGCAGGUGGAGUUCUGCAUAUCGUACAAAACUCACAAUAUGACACACUGGGACAAUAACGAUGGGAAAAAUUACAAGUUGGUACAUACAGAAUACAACCUCAGUCAGGCCAACCAUAUCAUUCAGAAGACCACGACAGAUUUCAAGAAUCAAGGCAAACGGCCAGAGAUGGACUUUGAUCAAUUUGGGAGCCCGAGAACAUCCAGUGGCUUCUUUCCCGAGUGGCAGAGCUGGGGGCGUAUUGAAAACAACACACCCUACUGGUGACAGUUCAAGGGCCCCAUGGCAGUGGUUAAAGAGCACCUAUUAUGGUUUUUCAAAUAUUACCUUUGAUGUAGUGUGUUAUAUAGCUGUUUGUCAAUGUAAAAAAUUCUGCAAAGUUUCAAAAAUCAAAGUGCACGACAAAUGGAGUUAUUGACUCCCAAAAGAAAGAACCGAUUCUGAACACCUGAAACAAGUCGUUAGUAAUUCCAGACUUACUUCCUGUACUAACCUAUGUAAUUUGGUUACAAAAAAACCCGUCUCUGGUCUUCAUUGGCUGCUCGCGAAUAGCUUUGAUCCGCCCUCAAACACUACACUAAGCGGUAGACCAAUCACAACAGACUGGGACAUCUGACCAAUCAGAGCAGAGUAGGCUCUCUGAAAGGAGGAGUUUAGAAUGAAUCCAUUAGAACGGAUCAUUGAACGAGUCGUUUUUGACACUGGGGAAAAAAGGUAAUGCUGCAAUUUAAAUUAUGAGGAAAUUAAAGUGUUUUUUGUCCUUGGAUGCAUGUAAAUCUAUUGUAUGAGACCUUUAAAACUAAAUUAGGCACGUUUAAAAACCAUAAUAGUUGCUCUUUAAAGGACAAAUGCAAGUGGAGCACCGUGUUCAUAUUAGAAGUUGACUUAAACAAUGAGAAUGCUCAGUUAAAAAGUCUAAAGAGUAGAAAUUAGCAAUGACUUCCGCAAAAGAAAGCCCCCUUUUGGCCAUGUUUUGUCUAUUCAGACUGUCCAAAUUAAUAUGAUAUUGGGCUCUGAAAUUAUAACAAUUUGAUACUAACCAUGUUAACACUAUAUGACGGCAGUCAUUCAAAUUUACACUACGACAUUUUCUUGAUCUGACAUUGGGUAAAUCAAUAAUUCUCAUAACAUAGAUGCCUUCCUUUGUGAUUCUUUAAUGCAAUAUUACAACUGUAAAACAAUGGCUUCAUUACCCCCCCACAAUAGAUUCUUCAAUGUGCUAUUUUGUUAGCUUGAAGGGUAAUGAUUUUGAUUGAAAGCAUCAGUCUUUAUGCACUGUGAAGUCACUGAAUUGUGGGAAUCCUGCUUUUGAAAUGUGACUGGUCGCCCUUUGGAUCAGAGGAACCAGCACUGCAUGUAAUACCUUUAAAGGGAUAGUUCACCCAAAAAUGAAAAUGCUCUCAUUAUUUACACACCUUCAUGCCAUCCCAGAUGUGUAUGACUUUUCUGCUGAACACAAAAGAGUUUUAGAAGAAUAUCUCACUUCUGUAGGUCCACAUAAUGCAAGUGAAUGGUGGCCAGAACUCAUUGCUUCAGACUCCGGUGGUUUAAUAUAUGUCGUCCUCUCACUUUGGGUGAGAAACAUAUCAAUAUUUAUAUUGAUAAUAUCUUUGUUUGUGUUCUGCUGAAAAAAGAAAGUCAUACACAUCUGGGCUGGCAUGAGGGUAAGUAAUGAGAGAAUUUUCAUUUUUGGGUUAACUAUCCCUUUAAAUCUCAGAUUGUGAAAGUGGAAAUCUGGUACAAUAUCGGAUUGCUUCAUAUUGAAGUUGUUGUAUCUCAUUUCACCUUUUAACAAAUCCAAUAAGCAUGAUGCAUUAUAAGGAGGUCCAUGAGAGAUAAUAAGGUUCAUUAAGCGCUAAAUCCAAACUCCUGCACCUCCGAUUUUUCCUACGUCUUUUCUACUUUUUUAAAGCUGCAGUGUCAUUCACACUUCUUUCCUACAACAUUUUUGCUGCUAUGGUUUUGUGUGUACCUGUGUUUUCUGCAUUGUAUUUUGUGGUGUGCGUAUGGAAACUUUCCAGUGUUAUUUGGAGGGACUUUGGAUGUAACUUUAAGGAAGGCAUAAUAAGUGAGGAAAGUGGCUAAGGAGAAAGAUAAUAUUGAAUGAGAUUAAUUGUUGCCUUUUUUUAAUGCUUGUUUUUCCCCCGUUCUGCUGCAAUAUAAAAACAGGUCAGUAUGGUGAGGUGGACGCCUUGAACGAAAGUGAUUGUGAACAGAGAUGAGCUAUGCUAUAGCUGCUGUAAUUGCGAGAGAGAUCAUGCAGGUUGAAUGUAAAAAAGCGUGCACAAGCCUAAAUAUUUUUUCUACUGCAAAGAAAGAUGUUUAAUGUUGUACUCUCUGUCCCUUUUAGAAAUAAAACUUAAUGUUUCUAUGA